AUGGAAACACUAAGAAUAAAAUUGGGUUUUGAUAGCAAGGUUUGUGUGGAGCGAACGGGUUUCGGGGGAAGUUUGGCUUUCUUCUGGAGAAUUACCAGCACUGCGUCUCUAAUGAGCUACUCCAACAAUCACAUUGAUAUGGAGAUCUCCAUACCAGGACAACCAAUAUGGCGACUAACCGGGUUCUACGGCGAAGCAGACAGAGCACAACGGCAAGUAACAUGGGAUCUCCUUUGGCAACUCAAGGCCAAAUCCAAUCUGCCUUGGGUUGUUGCGGGGGAUUUUAAUGACAUAUCUUGUUUAUCAGAAAAAAGGGGAAUCCACUCUCACCCUUCGGCUCUCAUAGAAGGAUUCAAUGAUGCACUAUACGACUGCGACCUAGUUGAUUUGGGCAUGACUGGAGCCAAGUUUACGUGGGAGAAAGGCAGGGGGACAGAGGACUGGGUAGAAGAGCGUUUGGACAGGGUUGUGGCAACCAUGGACUGGAUGGAGAUUCACGACACUGUGCAGGAGGAUCGCGAUCCCCACGCAGUUGAACAGUUUUCUGCGGCAGAAAUUGAACUAGAGGGACUGCUGAAAGCAGAGGAAGUCUUUUGGAAACAAAGAUCCAAGCAACUCUGGCUCAAGCAAGGGGAUUCGAACACCAAAUUUUUCCACCGCACGGCUACUGCUCGCCGACGAAACAAUACUCUAGUACGCAUCAAAGACCACUCUGGCGAUUGGGUAGAAAGACUGGGAAUGCAGGCUGAAAUAAUCAGGUAUUUUAAAGAUAUUUUUGGCGCCAACACUUGUACUACAUCCAUUUUUGAUCGCGUUCGGGCAAGAAUGACUGCUGAGAUGAAUGUCUCCAUGUCACUCCCCUUUACAAUUGCGGAUGUGAAAACAGCAGUUUUUGAUAUGGCCCCGGAUAAAUCACCAGGGCCAGACGGAAUGUCUCCGGCAUUCUUCCAACAUUUUUGGCCGACAAUCGGCCAUGAUUUAACUCUGUUCCUUAUACAGUGUGUGGAGCAGAAGCAGUUCCCACCCGGGUUAAACGACUCACACAUCGUUUUAAUCCCGAAAAAACCAGAACCAGGAAAAGUCUCGGAUCUUAGACCGAUUGCGCUUUGCAACGUGGUCUAUAAAAUCCUAGCUAAAAUGUUGGCCAACAGAAUGAAAGUGGCUCUAGACCAUGUUGUGUCACAAACACAAAGUGCCUUCGUACCGGAUCGGUUGCUCACAGACAAUAUAAUUUUGGCCGGGGAAGUUGGGCAUUUUUUGCGUACGAAAACGGGUGGGUUACAGGGAUGGGCCGCGUUGAAAUUAGAUAUGGCCAAGGCAUAUGACCGGAUGCAAUGGGCCUUCCUGGAGGGAAUGGUUCGGGUUCUGGGAUUUGAUAACGGGUGGGUGGAUCUUCUCAUGUUAUGUGUUACAACUGUGGAAUAUACAAUUUUAGUUAAUGGGGAGACAGCGGGUCUGGUUAAACCCACUAGAGGCAUCCGCCAAGGAGAUCCAUUAUCUCCGUACCUGUUCAUAAUUUGUGCGGAGGGACUAUCCGUCCUCUUACAGCAGGCAGAAGCCCGAGGGGAUAUACAUGGGGUGAGGGUGGCUCGGGGUGCUCCGACCAUCACUCACUUAUUUUUUGCUGACGACAGUCUCCUUUUUUUCAGGGCAAACGAACAUGAAGCAAAAACUAUCAAGGAUUGCCUUGAUGUGUAUAGUUCGGCAUCUGGUCAGUUAAUCAAUUAUGACAAAUCCAGUGCUGUUUUCAGUUGUAAUACGACAGCUUCUUCCCGAAAUACUGUGACUGCUUUAAUUGGGGUGCACGAGGCUACGGAUUUGGGGCGCUAUUUGGGUCUCCCGUCAGUCUUGCGACGAAAUAAGGUCGCUAUAUUCCGUUACAUUAAGGAGAAGGUCCGUGCAAGAAUUGGGUUAUGGCAGCAUCGACUAUUAUCUCGUGCAGGUAAAGAAAUUCUGUUGAAGAGCAUUGCUCAAUCCCUCCCAAUUUUUACCAUGUCAGUUUUUUUAUUACCUAUGCGGACCUGCGACACCUUGGAAAAGAUGUUUAAUCGAUAUUGGUGGGGUGGUGGAGAAGCAGGAAGACGAGGGAUCCACUGGCUAAGCUGGGAUAGACUUUGUGAACCAAAGAAGAAAGGUGGACUCGGUUUUAAGAAACUACAUGACUUCAAUCUUGCCCUGUUGGCCAAGCAAGGAUGGCGCAUAAUGGCACACCCGGACACACUGGUCUCUCGAGUCAUGAAGGCCAAGUACUUCCCGAAGACGGAGUUUUUGGAAGCUCAGAUAGGUACGAACCCAAGCUACAUCUGGCGCAGCAUUUUGGCCGGCCAACAAGUACUCAAGUUGGGUGUGGCACGUCGAAUUGGUGACGGACGUGACACAAAGAUUUGGGGCUGUAAUUGGCUUGCGGGACAAACCGAUUUGGCUCUUGUGACUCCGUGUGUGGAUGAGCUACGAGAGGCCAAGGUAAAUGGGCUGCUCGACGUCAGGGACCAAUGGGACGAGGACAUCAUUCAUGAUCUUUUCCUUCCAGCUGAUGUGGGAAUAUGGGAAGUUACGGAUGUGUUGAACGGCCGAAAUAUUUUUGAGAUGAUGGAUGCACAGAUUGGUCACUCAACGGCAGAUGAAGCGACAACACUGGCAGCGAUUUUUUGGUCCAUUUGGUUCGCAAGAAACAAUUUUGUUUGGGACAAUAAGCCGCCGGAUAUUAAUGCAACCAGACAGAUGCGUGACCGACUGAAGAUCAACUGGAAAGAAGGAUAUACUCGUCCGGAUAGCCGAAGGACGAGGACUCGAUCUGCGACUGAUAUUUGGACUCCACCACCACAAGGCACGAUUAAAUGCAAUACUGACGCGGCGCUGCGAGGGGGAGAUGCUUACUAUGGUGUCGUACUUCGGGACCAUGAAGGCCACUUUAUAGCAGCUCGGUGUGGACGUCUUGUAGGCGAGAAAGACCCGUACGUGGCCGAGACCUUGGCGGCUAGAGAAGCAUUGUCUUGGUUGAAAACCCAAAGAAUCAGGAACAUUAUUCUUGAAUCAGAUUGCCUUAAUUUUUGUAAUGCGUUUAAUAAAUGUAUUUCUGAUUACUCGUAUGUAGGUCUUAUUGUAAAGCAAUGCAUGGCAAUUGCUAAUGACAUCGGGAACGUUACGGUCUCUCAUGUUAAUCGUUCAGCGAAUUGUGUAGCCCACGAAUUAGCCCGGGCAACUCAUUCUACAACUGACACAAGGGUGUGGUUUGGUACUCCACCGACGUGUAUUUCGAGAUUUUGGCAGUAUUAA